AACUAAGGUGGGCGGGGCCGGCAGGUAUAGUGACGCAGUAGGUGGGCGGAGUGGGCAGGUGAGGCGCAAUGGCGGUCGGAAGGAGUUCGGAGAGGCGUCCGUGCGGAUUCGGGCUGGAGAAGGGGCCGCGCCAGCUGAUGAGAGUGGGCAUCACCCUGAUAUUUGUGGGCCACGUGAACUUUAUCCUGGGGGCAAUAGUGCACGGGACGGUGCUGAGACACGUGGCCAAUCCGGAGAAGCGAGUGAGCCCCGAGUACUGUGCGGCCAACAUCAUCUCCGUGGUGUCGGGGCUCUUGAGCAUCUCAACCGGAAUCUGUGCCAUCCUGGCAUCGCGCAACCUGAGGAGAGUCCAGAUAUGGGCGCUGCUGGUCCUGUCGCUGCUCAACUCCCUGCUCUCGGCCGCCUGCUUUGUGGGGCUCCUCCUCGCCGUGGCGCUCACCAUCACUAAUGGGGGGAAGAAUCUGGUCUCGGGGUGCAAUUCCACAGUUCUGCCCGCCGACGCCCGCUCUGUCCAGAUGAGCAACGAGUGCCCGUUUGAUACCACACGGAUCUAUGACACCACCCUGGCGCUCUGGUUUCCCUCCAUGUUCCUGUCGGCGGUGGAGGCGGCGCUGUCGGUUCGGUGCUGCGUGGUUGCGUUCAUACUGCGAGGGAUUGGCCCCUGCGGGCAGUCGUACCUCAGGGAACGGAUGCAGGAGGAGGAGGCAGAGAAGGAGCGCUUGGAGGAGGGUCCCAGGCCGGAGACCCACCAGCUGAUUGAGGCCACAGCCUAGGGAGGUCACUGGCCCCUCCCCUAGUGCCACUCCAUUGGUGCAGGCCGCCAGCCUUUGUGUGUGGGGGGGUGCGCUACCCAGACAAAUGGACUUUUGGGGCCCUUUGUGCCCAGGAGUGGGAUUGGCUGCUUGGCCCCGUGCCACUGUAUCCCUGGGGGGCCCUCGCCCCACUCCCUGGAGAUUAUGGGCAGACAUUAUGGGACUCCCAGCAUGCCCCGUUGGGCCGUCGGCUGCACUUCCUGGGGGGCCCCUGGCGCCCGUCACGGGAGUUUUUUCUUCAGAAGAUUUUCUGUUUACUGUCUGGAACGACUCGUUUUUUUUAUUAUGUUGAGUUUUGUUUUGUUUUUUAGUCAAAUAAACUUUCCCUUUAAACAUGU